AUGGCGGAGCAGGUCGCCUCCGAGGUCGAUGACGGGCUCAUCCUGUUGGAGGUCGGCGUGGAGAACGCUUGCGCAGCAGCCUCGGAGGCUGACGUCGCCGCUCGGAUCCAUGAUGCUGGGAAGCUGGAGCUCUCGGAGACUGGCACGGAGAUGUCUCCUGAAACUUGGCGCCCCGGGCACCACUGCCCCUCGACCUUCGCAACAGACGGGCUCGCAACGAACGGGCGGGAGGAGGCCGUGGCCGUCGAUGAGCUCGCUGGGGAGCUCGCUGAGGAGCUCGCUGAGGAGAUCGCGUGCUGCCAGGAGCAUGAUGUCUCCUUUGAGGCCGUGCUGCUGAGUGGCAGGGGGGCCUCCAUCACGGCCUCGGCGACGGCCACACUGGAGGACUUGGAGGAGACGGUCGCUGGAAAGCUGGGCCAGCAGCCGCCCUUGCGCUUCUUCCUCGGGGCCCGGGAGCUCCAGGAGGUUACGAAAGCACGGAGCCUGGCUGGCGAAACGAUCCAAGUCACGAGCGACCACACGAAUCCCAUUGUACUGCGAAGGCUUGUGUACAAAGAACGCGGGAAGAAGAUGCUGCGGCAGGGCGAAGAUGGCCACGUCCUCUUCUACGAGAUGUCGGACUUCGGAGCUCUGUACUGUAGGUUCCGUCGUGCGGCCUUGGAGGCGAUUUGA